AUGACUGAGAAUCCUGGGGUACCUCCUAUUAACUAUGAUCAGCAUCGCGCUGACGACUUCGAGCAGUUCCUGCUGUCUCUUCGGAACCGUAGCGGAGAUAAACCUGGUCAAUCCGUUUACGAUUCGAUGCGUUCAAGUUUGUUUCAUUUGUAUCGAGGAUAUGGGCGGUCGAUGACACCAGAGUUUGCUGCUGAUUUGACGGUAUUUUUCAAAGGCCUGAAACGCACUGUUGCGCGGCGCAACCACGAUGCUGGUGUGAAGCUGACAGAGGGGAAGGAGCCCAUGUCAUUUUCGCUAUUGCGCUCUCUCUGUGCUGCGUUUAUCAAGCAUGGUGACGAAGAAUUUCUUUUUGCGCACGCAUUUCUACUGUUGAGUUGGAAUUUGAUGUGUCGCGCGGGCAACACGGCUUCAAUUCAUUCCGGUCAUAUGAGCUGGGAUGAAGACGCGCUCGCAAUUCUUUUCGGGCACAUGAAAAACGAC